AUGCAUGCAUUUGUGCCAGUGUUUCUCAUGGACAAAAUGCAGAAAAUGCUGCACCUUGGCCGAAUGUACUGCAUCUCUAACUUCCAGGUUAAACCCUUGACUGCUGAGGACAAGUGGAGAAGUAUAAACAUUGAUCGGCAAAUUCUUUUUACAAAUCAGACCAAGGCAAAAGAAAUCGAAGAGAAAGAUUAUUUCAUUGCAAAGAAUAGUUUUGAUUUCUACGAUCUUGCCGACAUGAAGGAACUAUCAAAACAAACUACUCUACUUGCAGAUGUUGUUGGUGUUGUGACAAAGAGAGAUGCUCUAAGAAAAAUAAACAAUAGACAUGGAAAAGAGCAACUACAAGUCAAAAUGAUGAUUUCCGAUGGAAAAUCAACUCUGAAUGUUGUGCUUUGGGACAAAAUGGCUGAGGAUUUUACAAGAGAUAUUCACAAGAACAAGUAUGAAGAGCCUUUCAUCCUAAUCAUUGCAAGUGGUAAAGUUGGCAUGUUUAGAGUCUGCACAUCAUGCUACAAGCAGAUUGACGAAGAAGGUGGUCGUUUAAUUUGUAAAAAUUGCAACAACAGAUUUGUGCCACAUCCAGAAAAGAGGUUUGGAAUUUGUGUACUUGGUAAGGACAACACGGGGGAGAUAAAUUUAUUACUCAUGGACAGAGCAAUACGGAGUUUAUUUCACAAGGAUGUGUUCGAGUUGGAGGAAGAGUACAAUGGUAAAUUCCCAUCUGUUUUCAAAAAAAUGGAAGGUGGGAACUAUACUGUUAAACUAGAAGUUGCAAGUUUCAAUAUCCAAGACACCGACGAAAUGUAUAUUGCAAAUGACAUACAUGAAGGAUUUGAUUUCCAAGAGCCAAUGGAGGCUGAGGAAUAUCUGCAACAGCCAACCGAGUUCUCUACCGGGGAGACAUCUAUAACCACUGGAAGCAACAUACACUUGGACAACAUAAGCACCAUUGGAGAAGGAACCAGUUGA